GUGACUAUCAGUAUCUGUUCACGUGUACUCCUCCAUAUAUUACGCCCUUGGGUCGCCGGUUAUCAAGCCAAACAGUCCGGGAAAUGUCCUCUUUCUUCACAGUUCCCGCCUCCCAGCGGAAAAGAAAGAGAGAAGAUCGCGCCGCAGCCCCGGCGUCGAAGAAACGAGGCGUUGAUGCGAAGGGAGCAUCUACAGGAAAACGAGGCGGCAAGCGGAGGGAUGAGGAUGAAGAAUCAAUUUCGGGAAGCGACCUAGAUGAGGACAAUCUCAGUGUUGCUUCUGAUGUAUCAGAAGGCAAUGCAUCAGAUUCCGACGAAGGCGAGACCGCCGCCGACCGGAGAUUAAAGCUUGCGGAGCGUUACCUGGAGAAUGUCCGAGAUGAAGUGGAUGAUAUCGGCUUCGAUGCGGCUGAGAUUGAUCGCGAUCUGAUUGCGGAGAGAUUGAAGGAGGAUGUGGACGAGUUCAAAGGACGCAUCUACCGUCAGAUUGCAUCGGACCUCGCAUUUUCCAAAGCCUCGCAUACGUUUUUUAGAGCAGACACACAUUCGACUACUUCGAUCGCAGUUCAUGCACCCUACGUCUAUACCGUGUCGAAGGAUCGAACUUUGAUCAAAUGGGAGCUCGCUACUCCCACGCCCGCAACUGUGCCGCCUUCAACAAACGGAGAUUCCAAGCGUCGCCCGCGUCCACAGAAAAAGAAGCCAAAGCAAGUGAAGUACGUUCGGGGCAUGCGAAAGGUUGCGGAGACGGGUGAGGAGCACGGCCACACUAAGAGCAUCUUGUCUGUUGCUGUAUCGCCGUCUGGAAAAUUCGUGGCCACUGGAGGCGAAGACAACAAGUUGAUCGUCUGGGAUGCAGAGACCCUGACUCCGCUGAAGACUUUUACACAACACCGCGACUCGAUCAGUAGUCUUGCUUUUGCCCGUCACAUUUCUACCAUGAGUUCUGGAGAACAGCUUUUCACUGGCUCAAACGAUCGCACAAUUAAAACCUGGUCUUUGAGCACUGCUGGUCAUGCUUACGUCGAGACGCUUUUCGGCCAUCAAGACCAUGUCACUGGUGUCGCCGCCAUGACGAUCGAUCAAUGUAUCAGUGUGGGAGCGCGCGACCGUACAGCUAGAUUAUGGAAGGUUAUCGAAGAACAACAGCUGAUCUUCCGCGGCGGGUCCAAGAGCGCCUCUUACCAGGAGAACAACAUCGAUUGCGUGGCGCCUCUACCCCCGAACCACUUCGUCACUGGCUCGGAUUCGGGCUCCAUUUCGCUCUGGUCUGUUCACAAGAAAAAGCCCCUCUUCACGAUUCCCCUCGCGCACGGCCUCGAUCCUUUACCCCCAUUGGAUGAGCUCUCCGCCGAAGUCGACCAAGCCACUGCUGCUUCGAAUUCUCGCCAUCUCCGCCGCAUGCCCCGCUGGAUCACUGCCUUGGCGACAGUUCCUGGUACCGAUAUUGUGCUUAGUGGUAGCUGGGAUGGGUUCAUUCGCGCCUGGAAGAUCUCAAGCGAUAAGCGAACAAUUAUCCCCUUAGGCGCCGUCGGAGGCGUAUCUAACCUGUCUCUGACCCCUGAUACCCCAUCCGAGCAACUAAGACAAUCGCUCGCAUUGGACACACCCACAGAGUCGGGCCGCAUGGACGUAGAAGGCGCUCAGGCCCAGCCGACCACAGACGCUCCCGACGAGGAAGAGCCGCUUGUCAAGGGCGUCGUCAACGGCAUCGCCGUUUUUGAACGUCGGGUUGAGACCGCCAAACCAGGCCAGGUCCCGACGGAGGCCAAGUCCAAGGCGAAGUCAGAGCCGGAAGCUCGUGGCCUGUGCAUUGUUGCAGCAGUAGGCAAAGAGCACCGUCUAGGACGUUGGAAGUGCUUCGGCAACAAUUUCCACGAAGGCAGCUCGGCCGAGGGCCGCAAUGGUGCAGUUGUAUUCGAGGUUCCGUUUAUCGGCGACAAGCUCAAUUGAUGAAAAGGCCAUCACACCAAGUACAAGACCAGAAAAAGAAAAACCAAAAUGAAAACAAAUCCGAAUUAAUCAUCCUGUGACACGGUGUAUGAUGUUGUAUGUAUCCAUCCUAUCUUUUCUUCCAUGUGGAUUCUAUUCCCGGGCCCCCGCCGCCUUUGCAUAUCCCCCUCUUUGUCGUUUGGUUUGAAAAAGUUAUCUGCAUCCAGAAGCUUCCCUGUUGCCCUUCUUGCUCUCUCUCUUGACCUUUUCUCCAAAGUGCUGCGGGUUUGCCGGACAUGUACAUAUAUACCCGAUAUCGUGAAUGGACGAAAACACUUU